UGUGUUUUGGUGGGAACUCCCUCACCACGGAGGUCGCUACUGCGCAGACUCCGGCUCCGAAUUACGUCACCAGCACACAUCCAUCUUUAUAGUCCUUUUCAGACAGUGGUGCUGCAGUAUGAGAUACAUGAUGUAUUUUUUGAACAAUAAAGCAUAAAAAAUACAAAUAUGACCCCUAAAAUGAGCAUAAUUGAGCUUCUUUAGCUAACUAAAAUCGUGAAAAACACAAAGUUAUCCAUCGGAUUUUAGUUUGGAACCCGCAUUGCUCAACAUCCGGUGUUGUCCUCGUGGAGCUUGACGUCUUCCGUUCAUCCCCAUCCUCGAUCCGUAGCUCGGGAUCCAUUGAUCAGCCUGGCCCGGGCCAACACGAAGCGAAAACGGGGAUUUGGUCCGCCUGCGUGCCUCCCUCUGCUGUCAGACACCUUGAAACGAUCAUUGUCGUUUUUCCGGCUCUUUCCGUCUACAUCAACCGUUAGCCCGUCAAACGCGUGUUUGUCGGCCGUGUCUGCUGUCGUUAGCGGCCGUUGACUGGAUGCUACCUUUGAGGACCGACAGACAAACGGGCGCCAGCAGGCUGGUCGUGAAGUGGGGAGCACCGCAGCCUUGCGUCAAAGCCAGCUAAAGCUAAACCGCGGUAGGACAAGUCAGCAAGAAAGACGGGCUGCAGCCACGUUACCUCUCGGUGGCUAGCCAGCCGGCUCGCAGGUUAUUUUGGCACGGUUGCUGGCGUACACAUGCUCCUAUUUGAGUCGCGUGAGCUAGCCUAACAUCUGUGCAAAAGCUUGUUUGAUAAGAAAUAACAGCUAUUACAGCUAUUUUUGCUCUCUGUAUUUCGAGCUUGAUUUCUCCAUUUACGAGCUAUUUAAACAAACACAUUUUCAAGUAAAGGCACGGGAUAAGAAAUUUCGGUUAAUUGCGCAACAUCUUGAAUUGAAGAGGGGCCUCAUAGCUAACAUAUGAGGCCCGGUUGAAAAGAUGGACCUGAAUUUUUACUCGGAUUUAACGGACGGUACCGGGCAGCACGACGGUGAUCCAGAGUUCCUGGAUCCGCAGUCUUUCAAUGGAUUUGACACUGACAACAAGGUGACUCUAUCUAAUGAAUGGGACACAAUGUUCCCCGGAGGCAGUGAUAACUACCUGACAAUUUCUGGGUCCAGCCAUCCCUUCCUCUCUUCUUCAGAGUGUGCCACUAAACCCAUUGACCUCUUCAACCUCGCUGGAUCUGCUGGUGGAACGUUCCACACUCCGAGCCUCGGCGAUGAGGAGUUCGAGAUACCGCCCAUCUCUUUGGAUCCAGACUCGGCCCUCACCGUGUCUGAUGUGGUGUCCCAUUUCGGGGAGCUUUCGGACACCGGCCCCUCGGGCAGCGUGGUGGUACCCGGCAACGCUGUGGUGGAAGGGGACGACCCCUCGUUCGCUUCCACUUUCGUCAACGCCCCUUCGCAGGGACUGGAGCACCUGAGUCUUGGAGUCAUCAACCAGUCAGGAGGAAGUGCCUUGCUGGGGUCGUCUCUGGGAAUGGAUCUCGGUCAUCCCAUCGGCUCUCAGUUCAGCAGCUCGUCCCCGGUGACCAUCGAUGUCCCGCUUGGUGACAUGAGCCAGGGCCUGCUGGGAUCCAACCAGCUGACCACCAUCGACCAGUCGGAGCUCAGCGCUCAACUCGGGCUCGGUUUGGGAGGCGGGAACAUGUUGCAACGCCCUCAGUCGCCCGAUAACCCGCUUUCGGCCACAGCGUCGCCCACCAGCUCGCUCCAAGAUGACGACAUGGAUGACUUUAGAAGGAGCGUCCUGGUGGAGUCUCCGGUCUCUCUGGCCGUCUCUCCCGGGGUCAUCUCCCUCGAUCCCUCCCUGUCCGAGUCCACGCUCUCUGCGCCGGCCUCCAGCGUCUCCCCAGCUGUCGGGCGGAAAGCAGGAGCGGGAGGAAUGAAGAGGGGGAGGAAGAAGAAAGACCCCAACGAGCCUCAGAAACCUGUGUCGGCCUACGCUUUGUUCUUCAGGGACACGCAGGCAGCUAUUAAGGGGCAGAACCCCAACGCUACAUUCGGAGAGGUGUCGAAGAUAGUGGCGUCCAUGUGGGACAGCCUGGGGGAGGAGCAGAAACAGGUUUACAAAAGGAAAAAUGAAGCAGCGAAGAAGGACUACUUGAAGGCGCUGGCAGAGUACAGAGCCGGUCACACGUCUCAGGCCCCUAUUGAGGUCAUGGACACCUCCCCAUCACCUCCACCUCAAGCCCCGGCUUCGGCUGUCAUAGCCACGCCCACCCCAACCCUAGCCACUCGCACCACCAGGUCCCAGCAUUACAACCCCGAGGAGAACACCAUCACCAACAUCUGUACCUCCAACAUCAUCCUGGACCUGCCCCAGGUCACCACGCGCUCCCGCACAGGCGCCAUCAAACCUCAACCUGCGCCCGCUCCCACCCCGCCGAACCCGCCCACCGUCACCAAGAUCAUCAUCAAGCAGACGCAGCUGCCCUCCGGCGGCGUAUCCGUCACAGCAACGCCUGCCUCGUCGCCGCGCCAGCCGCCGCCGCUGCAGCAGAUGCAGAGCACCCCUCUUCCGCCGCGGCUGCAGCAGAUGGUGCACGCCCAGGCCCCUCCGCCUCUGCAGGCUAAACCACGAGGCGGAGGAGCAGCUGCCGCCACGGCUCCACCUCCGCUGCAGAUCAAGGUCGUCCCAUCGUCACGGCAGUCGGAUUCAAGCGCGCCGAUCAUUGUGACAGCUGGUGAAACACCCACGUCAGUGUCCUCAGGUCUGACGGUGGAGGUGGGACCGGCGGCUGGUCUGGUGGCGGGAGGAGAGGAAGUGGCGGAGGCAGAGGAAGGGAUGGAGGUUGAGGUGAACGUUGCCCCCGUCCCGAGUGUGACCCCCGCCGCCAGCCGUAACAUUUGUGUGCGCGCUGGCUGCACCAACCCCGCUGUGGAGAGCAAAGAUUGGGACAAGGAGUAUUGUAGCAAUGAGUGUGUCGCCACACACUGCAGAGACGUGUUCAUGGCCUGGUGCGCCAUCCGAGGGCAAAACUCCACCACCGUCACAUAGGGAAAGGACACGUGUGGCGGCGGAGGAGCACUACAGACAGAAAAGAACAGAGAACGACACAUAAAAUGCAAACGAACAGAAGAAUGAAUGAUCAGGCUCAGGUAUCGGCACAUAGUGGUUUGUUUUUUGCAGGAACAGAGACGCGAGCGACGCAGGAGAGUAUUUGAAAUCUCUCUCUGCGAUCGACGCUGCACAAACAGCUCGAGCAGAAAAAACGCUGAAUUAUUUGAAAUCCUGCAGCGGGAGUGAGUGCUCAACAGUGAGGACGGAUGGAUGAAUUAUACAACUGAAGAAACUUCCAAUCUAUUGUGAAUUAUGAACUUGAUAAAAAAAAGAACAUUUUUUAUGAACUUCUGGUGUUUUUAAUUGUUUUGAAAAGAAAAAGGAAGGAAAUCUUGAAUCAUGAGUUCAUUUUUAUUAAUUUCAAGAAAAUUCCACUUCAUACGUGUGUGCUUUUCCCUUUACUGUUACACUGAGGAUUGAUCGAUGUGAAUGAAAUCUAAACAGGCGAUUUUUGUUUCAUGUUUUUCGGUAAUGUGCGGGUGCUUUGGCGCAGAGGGGGGGGUCAGUUGGCUGCUUUACAGAUUUUAAAUCGCAACAUCUGGGUGAAGCACAAACAACCUCAGAGUUUGUUUGGAGUCGUAUAAAAGGGUCAAAUGUUUGUUAGAAGCCAUUUUUGGGACAAACUGGAAAUUAAUCUGCCACCAGCCAAACGCUGUUUGUCACCUUUAGAAGCCACUUUGGUCGGAAAAAUCUGCCGUCAUGGAAAGGAUUUAAAUUCAGACGUUGAAAACAGGUGCUAAAAUUCAGGUUUGGCGUUCUGUGUUCUCCUCUCCUGCUGAAACACUCUGCAACAUAAGAGCUUUUUAAAUAUGUGCUGCAUAUUUUGUUUAAUGAGGAACAUUUGUGUGCAUAUUUGGUGGAAAAGUAUUGAAAUAAACACACCAGCUCCUACAACACUACUGUAAUGGGAAAGGGAAUACAAUCUUUAAAAAAAAAGCUUUACUUUUUAACACCGCUGUGUUUAAUUUAAUAAAAUUGCUUUCAGGUCUGUUGACAGGAAGGGAAUAGUUGCUUCCUAAAAAAACAAAAACUGUUCCUGGUCAAAUGAAAUGAUGCAGUGAUCUGGUCUGGUUUAUUGUAGAUAUCCUGGAAAUGUUUUUAAUGGUGAAAUAAAAUAUUUUAUGUUUAAUAUA